AUGUCCCAUUUGAUACACCAUCUGGGCGUCUCUCCAAAGCUGGGAUUCUACGAUGUCUACAGCAUUGAUGACCCGGAGUUGCUCUCCUUUAUUCCCCGCCCUGCGUAUGGGUUGAUCUUCAUCUGCCAUGGAGACGUCUACCAUCGAGCUCGAGACGAGGAAGAAGUAUCAAGGAAUGAUUAUGAAGGAUUUGGCCCAGACGAGCCAGUCCUUUGGUUCAAGCAGACAAUCGGAAAUGCCUGUGGCUUGAUGGCCUUGUUACACUGUAUCAGUAAUGGCCCUGCGCGCCACUAUGUUCAGCCGGAGUCGGGCUUGGACAGGCUGCUCAAAGCAGCCGUGCCACUGUCUCCCGUUGAUCGUGCGAGAUUGCUCUAUGAUUCCCCGGUACUGGAAAAUGCGCAUCGUUCGGCCGCGCAGAUGGGAGACACGCGGGCUCCGAUUCCCAGUGAUAGUUGUGAAUUCCACUUCAUUAGUUUUGCUAAAGGCGAUGAUGGUCACUUGUGGGAGUUGAAUGGUUCGAUGAAAGGCCCUGUUGAUCGCGGUGCCCUGGCGCCUGACGAGGAUUGUUUGAGCGAGAAUGCCCUAAAUCUGGGAGUGCGCACACUCAUUGGGAAGAAAAGUGAGACCGGUGAGGCCGGGUUCGGCUUCAGUUUGGUGGCCCUUGGACCCAGCUUAGAAUGA